CCCGACCGCGCCCCUCGAGGCCGGGCCCGUGCGAGGCCAAUCCCGGGCGGCCGGCGGGCGAACGCGGGGCCUGGCGGGCCGGGCCGGUCCGCAGGGCGGGGGGACAAUGGACCAGUUCCUGGUGCGUCACGAGGGAGUUCCUUAAAGGGGAAGUGAGCGGGCUCCUGGCGGACGCGCAGGGAGGCGGUCGGCUGGGGACGCGCCCGGCGCUUCAAAAUAAUGCCCGCGGCGGACGCGCGACCAUGCAAUGGCGAGCGCUCGUCCUGGGGCUGGUGCUGCUGCGCCUCGGCCUCCACGCGGUGCUCUGGCUGGUCUUCGGGCUGGGGCCCAGCAUGGGCUUCUACCAGCGAUUUCCGCUCAGCUUCGGCUUCCAGCGCUUGAGGGACCCCGACGGCUCCGGGCCAGUUGGUCCGCCCGGAGGCCCGGCCUGGCUUCAUCAGCCGAGGCGCGGGACGGAGGGGCGGCUGGAGACCCCGCCAGAGCCGAGACCGGCGUCGGGACCGGGCGUGUGCGGCCCGGCGCACUGGGGCUAUGCUCUGGGCGGCGGUGCCUGCGGCCGGGACGAGUACGAGCGGCGGUACAGCGGCGCCUUCCCGCCGCAGCUGCGUGCCCAGAUGCGCGACCUGGCGCGGGGCAUGUUCGUCUUCGGCUAUGACAACUACAUGGCGCACGCCUUUCCGCAGGACGAGCUCAACCCCAUCUACUGCCGCGGCCGGGGGCCUGACCGCGGAGACCCUUCAAAUCUGAACAUCAAUGACGUCCUAGGGAAUUACUCUCUGACUCUGGUUGAUGCCUUGGAUACACUUGCAAUAAUGGGAAACUCGUCCGAGUUCCAGAAGGCAGUCAAGUUAGUGAUCAACACUGUCUCCUUUGACAAAGACUCCACAGUCCAAGUCUUUGAAGCUACAAUAAGGGUUCUGGGAAGCCUCCUUUCUGCUCACAGAAUAAUAACUGACUCCAAACAGCCCUUUGGUGAUAUGACAAUUGAGGAUUAUGAUAACGAAUUGUUAUACAUGGCCCAUGACCUGGCUGUGCGGCUCCUUCCAGCUUUUGAAAACACCAAGACAGGGAUCCCCUAUCCUCGGGUGAACCUGAAGACGGGGGUUCCUCCUGACAGCAAUAAUGAGACCUGCACAGCAGGGGCUGGUUCUCUCCUGGUGGAAUUUGGGAUUCUGAGCCGGCUGCUGGGGGAUUCCACUUUUGAGUGGGUUGCCAGACGAGCUGUGAAAGCCCUCUGGAACCUUCGGAGCAACGAUACAGGAUUAUUAGGCAAUGUUGUGAACAUCCAGACAGGCCAUUGGGUUGGAAAGCAGAGUGGCUUGGGUGCUGGGCUGGAUUCCUUCUAUGAAUACCUCUUGAAAUCUUACAUUCUUUUUGGAGAAAAAGAAGAUCUAGAGAUGUUUAAUGCUGCGUAUCAGAGUAUCCAGAGCUACCUGCGAAGAGGCCGGGAAGCCUGCAAUGAAGGAGAAGGAGACCCACCACUCUACGUCAAUGUGAACAUGUUCAGUGGGCAGCUCAUGAACACCUGGAUUGACUCUCUGCAGGCUUUCUUCCCUGGACUGCAGGUUCUGAUAGGGGAUGUGGAAGAUGCCAUCUGCCUCCAUGCCUUCUACUAUGCCAUAUGGAAACGGUACGGGGCCCUCCCUGAGCGCUAUAACUGGCAACUCCAGGCCCCUGAUGUUCUCUUCUACCCUCUGAGACCAGAGUUGGUGGAGUCCACAUAUCUCCUCUACCAGGCAACCAAGAACCCCUUCUACCUCCAUGUAGGAAUGGACAUUCUGCAGAGUCUUGAAAAAUACACGAAAGUCAAAUGUGGAUAUGCUACGCUGCAUCACGUCAUAGACAAGUCUAAAGAGGACCGGAUGGAGAGCUUCUUUCUCAGUGAGACUUGCAAAUACUUGUAUCUGCUGUUUGAUGAAGAGAAUCCAGUACACAAAUCUGGAACCAGAUACAUGUUUACAACUGAGGGCCACAUCAUAUCUGUGGACAAACGUCUUCGGGAAUUGCCUUGGAAGGAAUUCUUCUCUGAAGAUGGGGAGCGGGACCAAGAGGAAAAGUUUGUACACAGACCUAAGUCUCAGGAGCUCAGAGUCAUUAACUCCAGUUCUAAUUGUAAUCGUGUUCCUGAUGAAAGGAGAUACUCCCUGCCCUUAAAGAGCAUCUAUAUGCGCCAGAUCGACCAGAUGGUUGGCUUGAUUUGACCUGCUCACCUCAAUGUGGCCAGAUCUUAAACCAAACCCAAGCAUACCAAAAUCUCCUCUGAGGUGGAAGCGGUGGAGUCUGUCCAUCUGUGAUGCUGUAGAAGUGUCUGUCCAGCUCUUACUCACCUCUGGUUGAAUCUUGCACUUAGUGUUUUUUAGUGUUCCCCUUCUGUUUAAUAAAAUACUCCAUUUUUUCUGAAGGAUAAAAUUAGGAAUGGGAAGCUACGUGGGGAGCUUCUUGCAAUGUGCUGAUAGUAUUAAGCACAAUGGAUGUAGCCUCUUUGGAUUAUUCUUCCCAACUUCACACAUAGAACCCCAGUCUCCUUGCUUUGUCCCCGCUUGCUAUGCUGAAGUGUUGCUACCUCUUUGCUAGAGGAUCAGAAUGCAAUCCCUUUGCAAAGGUCCUGAGGUUCACUUGGCAUCGCUACUUACUGCAAUCAAAGUGUCAUCCCUUUUUUCUCUUAUGGGAUCAUUGGGCUGUCCCCAAGAUAGCCAGCUGUGAUUUUGGAUCACAUGGGGGAAAUUUACCUGGUUUAUUUACAUCCUAAAGUAAUUUAUUCAGUGUUACUUGUUUUAGUGUAAUGGUCUAGCCAGAAAUCUGACAGGCAGCCUUUAAAGUUAAGUUGAAAUCUAAGAGAUUAACUAACAGAUCUUUUAUACUGUAUUUAGCAUUUAUUUUGAACAUCACCUUACCUGAAGAAUUCCCAUGGUUCCAGAACCAGGUGCCUUCUAGGGAGAGGAAAGCCCUAGGAUUGUGAGCUUCCAUCCCUUGUGUUUCAUAACCAAGGAUGCACAAUGCUAACUGUCUUUGGGUUAGACUUCUGUUUUGUUUCAUGUUUUUUUUGUUUUUUUGUUUUUGUUUUUGUUUUUUGGCUUAUGUGUAGUGCCAAUUAGCUAAUCAGGGACAAAGAAAUGAUCAGAUGACUUUCUGACAUCCUUGAGCCAUUUCUGUGUGAUAUGGACUUUAGAUUAGUGCCUUAUGGGUUUUGUUUGGGCCAUGGGCUGUCACAACCACUGCUACAGAUAGCUCGUUUUGUAUUGCCAUAUGAUGGGACCAAUAAGGAACAGGGUGUAUGUGAGGAAGAUUCCUGGAAACCAGUUUGUCAGUCUUUGCCUUUUAACCUAUGAUUUUAGCCAGGCAUAAAGGAGGGAAUUAUGAGAAAAUGCUUUUGUUGUUUCCUUAGGUGAAAUGGGAAGCUCUGCAAAUGGGAAGUUUCUAAAAGGCAGAGCUGGGCCUUCCUUGGCUUGGCACUGGGACAGGUCAAGGCAGCUGAGGCAAAAGGUAGAAGAAGUUUAUGGGAAAGCUGGUCCAACCUCACAUAUCUUAUGUCUUCCCUCCAUACUGUUAAUAGACACUUCAAAUUAUUUCAUUCCAGUCUCCUAUAGCCAGGGAGAAAAGCCUCAUCUGAAUCCUUGGAGUUUUAGUCAAAAGGGAGAAGUUAUAAUCUGUCUUUGAUAUGUAGUACUGUUUUGAAAAUAAGUAUAACUCAGUUCCUUGGCAUGUUUAGAAAGGGGGUUUCAGUAGUGACUAUCAUCUUUUAAACACUUACUAUGCAAUUGGUCUUAUUUAUUUGUCAAGAAUAUUGAAUGUUUCUGUUUUUCUUUCUUUUGAUUUCACAAACAUUGUUCUAUGUAUCCACAGUGUCUUAUCUACUGAAUAGAAAGCUUUCUUUGAGCAGUUUAUCUGUUUUACAUAUUUUUGUUAACUCAGUAAUAGUAUUAAGCAAAUGCACGCACAGGCCUGUGUGCACCCCUUUUUACCUUUGCUCCAGGCACGUUCACGUGUGACUGUGAAUGCCCCGCCUAGGGUCAGUGAAGACCUAUCAAGAAAGAAAGUGUGCCCCUCAGGCUUCUCUUUACCAUCUUCCCCAUCUCUCUGUCUUUUUUUUUUUUUUUUUUUUUGGCAGUGGCAGUGUAUAUCGGCACCCAACAGUUCUCUCUCAUCUGGCUUCUUCAUCUGUUGCUCUUGGUUAAGCUUGGGUUACUUCUUGCUCCUGUGCUCUUGGAAUAGGGAUCUGUGCCUGGAAGUACCAUGGUACCUUCCUUGAGUGCUACCAGUGGGUCUCAGGGGUACAGGCAGACAUGCAGUGUAUUGUAUUAAGUCUCAAACCCUCUUGACUUUUGGGUACUAGAUUUUUUCACCUGCUGAAAAGGCUGAGGGUAAGUAAGGUAAUGCCAAUAAACCCUGUUAUUGAGCUUCUAGACUGCUCAGACCAAAGCCAGUGAUUUGUGAGCCUAGAUGAAGAACGCUGUCUACUGCCAGUUAUAUAAAGAACAUUAUUUGAGUUAAGUUCAAAGCUGACUUGCUUGCUUUCUGAAUGUCAGCAACUGAAAUGUGUAUCUUUUGGUAUGUUUGCUGUUCCUUCCAACCUGUGUGCUGAAAUAGGUGUAGACAUUUUCUAACUCACUGCUUUGUUCCAGGAAUGGCUGGAAUGUGAACAGAUAGGUUCACAGAUGUUUUUAACCAUUCUUGUGUUCCCAGGAGUAGCCAGUAGUGUUCAGUUUGGCCCACAUGUGCAAAGUUGCAAACUACGUGGCAUCCUGUCGUAUGAUUAGGGUGGUGGAGCCCCGUUUUACAACCAACAGGCUCGCCUUAGCUGCUCUAAAUACUGUGACAGGGCAACUCCAUUCUCCUGGAAGAGGAGGUGACAAAGGAAUGUUUGGUGGCCUUCUGAUUGCUUUGGUCGCGGUGGAAAACAGGCUUGUCUUUCCAAAGCCUCCCUUGAGUUUCUUCCUGCUUUUCUACCGGAGCAUGCUUUUUGUAGUUGGAUUUCUAGUUCUGAUGUCUAGACUUUUCUUGUCUUGGAUUGCGGACUCUGCACAUGACAUAAAAAUAGUUUUCUGUGUGUUGAAGUGAAAGCAUGUGAGGGUAGUACCUGCCCAGAGGAGUGUCAGAGAGCCCACAUUUUACUGGUUUCAAUAAAUGCAGUUGUGUUUAUCCUGUCUUCCCUUUUCUCUCAAGAAAAAUACCCCUCUUACCCAUCUCUCCACCAGCUCAGUGUGAAUGAGUGUCCACUGCAGUUCUUCACUUUGGAUCCUGUAGACUCUAUAUUAGAUAUCCCUUCUGAGCUCUGAGGUCUUGUUCGCUUGACAUGGACAAGCACAGUGCUGGUCAGAGGGUGGGGCUAGUUCACCUCAGGCGCAUGUGCAGAGUGGCCGAGCUGGACCAGCAAAGUGCUGGUCAGGGUAGGGCUGGUUCACCUCAGGCGCAUGCGCAGAGUGGCCGAGCUGGACCAGCAUAGUGCUGGUCAGGGUAGGGCUGGGUCACCUCAGGCGCAUGCACAGAGUGGCCGAGCUGGACCAGCAUAGUGCUGGUCAGGGUAGGGCUGGGUCACCUCAGGCGCAUGUGCAGAGUGGCCAAGCAGGGGCUGAGAAGAAGGUGCUGAUCUUUGCUUUUCCGUUUGUAGCUGUCCAGCACCUACUCUAGUGCCUCUUUCCUGCAGGGCAGGGACCCCUCGUGAAUUGGAGCCAGUGAUGUGUGUGGGCCUUGUAGCCUCGCAUGGCUCCGGGUUAAGGUCUCCCUUGAAUUUGGAUGUGAAUAUCCUAAAGAUAUCAAGUACUUGUGAAAUUCUGCUUCACUGCUUUUCUCUUUCUGAGAGAUAAACAAAUAAUAUUUUUAAGAGUAUUUUGUUUUAGUGUUAAAUAGCAUUCCACAAGCUGCAUUUUUAUUUAUUACAUACACAAAAAGUAAAUGUGUUUCUAUAAAAUAAAAAGUCUAGAGUUGGAAACUCUGGGAAUACUUACUGAGAUGCACAAUGUUUCUCUCUCUGUGAUGUGCAAUAUGCUUGACAACUAUAGAUGAUAUUUCAUGUUUAAUCUGUAAAUAAGAAUUGUAUUUAAAUUAAAUGGGAGAUUUUUGUAAAAGGACCAAAUGUUCUUUUAUAAAUGUACUAAGGAAUAUCUUGUUCUCUGAAAUUUAUUAGGAUUUUUAUGAAUAAUUUUUAUUAAAAGAUUCUUUUUUUUGAGU